AUGAAUUCUUUGUCUCCUUUGGUAUUCAAAUCCGAUAAUAAAUAGGAAGAAUUUAGUUUGCAAUAUCAAGAAUAAUAAUUGAUCCUCUCUGAUGUAUAAAAUAUCAACUAUUAAUAGGAUGAUCCUCCCAUUCAAUUAUCAGACACUCAUAAAGUGUUUCGUAAGAACCAAGCAUUUAGUAACUUUAUAAAGCAUCAUACACCUCUAUCCUCUCAAUUCGAAAAGGGAGUGACCAUAAAAAUGAUCAAACAUAAUAGAUAGGGUUAGGAUAGAGAUGAAAAUAUCAAGAAUAUGAAAUCGGUUCAAUUCAAUCUUCUAAACAAUUGCAUAUACGUAAUAGUAAAGCAUCCCAAUGAAUAUCUAUCUUUAAAAGAGAAGUUUAAUCUUUAAAGAAGAAUACAAAAUUAUGCAAGAAAAAGUAGAUUCGAUUCUACAUCUGAGUAAGAUGAUGAUGAUAUUGAAGAGAAACAUUCCAUUGUUGAAAUAGUAGCUAAAGAGUUAACUUAAUAACCAAAGAGUAUAUUGAAAAAAUAAAUGCAAGAAUUUAAACAUGAAGCAGAUGAUCAUGAAGAUUAUUUUAAAAAUAAAGGGUUAACUUGUAGAGAAAUAAAAAACUUAGAGAAAAAGGUUACAGAACAUGACUAUGGAGUAGGAUUACAAUUACUCAAAAAAUUAGGGUUCAAAUAUGGUGAAGGUCUAGGAAUAAAUAGACAAGGUAUCUUAGAACCUGUAAUCCCUGUGAAAAAGCAAGUGUUUACAGGUUCAUUAUAGAACUACAAUAAGAAUAAUGAGGAAGAUUUGAUUUGGUAAUAUGAUAACUAACAAGAUAAUAAAAACACAAAAAAAUUGGAUAAAUUAUGGAGAAAAAGGAACUAAAUCGAUAUUUGGCAAGAUUAAGAACAAUCGGCUUAAAUAUAAUCUAAAGAUAAUACUAAUUUAGGAUAUAUAGGGGAAGUAAAAGAAGUAUAAGAAUUGGCUUAAUCUGUAUAAGAUUUACUACUUACAAAAAAUAUGAUUGAAUAAUAAAACAUCUCAUCGAAGAAGAAGAAGUUAGAAAAGCAUAAGGAAUGUAUAAGCAAAAACCAAUCAUUUAGAAACUAUCUUCACAUUUUUUAAGAUGAUGAUGUGUAAAACUAAGCCAAAUCUUUUACUUUAUUUCAUAAGUUUUCAGAAUGCUUCAAUAAACACCCUGAUUUAUUUAUUUAGUUUAAUCUGAUUGAUGUAUUAAUUUAAGAAGGAGGAUAGGAAAUAGCAUAGAUAUCUAAAAUUUGGGAGGGACCAAAAACAGAUAUUCUUGAAAAUGAAUUCAAAUUAAUUUACAAAAUUGUUAAUUUAGGCAAAGAUGUUUUAAUUUAUUUGAAAUCUUAGGCCAUUUCUUCAAAUCACCAAGCUUCAUAUACUGAUGAUAACUGUAUGGCUGCAACCAAUAUUAUAAACCUUUAAAAUAUAAUAGACAUCCUUAUUCAUCCAAUCUCAUAACAAUUAGAAAAUUAUAUAUGUAAGCAUUAUGAUCCAAAGAAAGAAAAUUUAUUACAUGAAAUGCUUAAAUUAUGGAGUACUGAUAUAGUAUCAAUAGAGAGUGAUGAGAUUGAAGAAAGAAUGCAAUUAUUUAAUGAAAAAACUAUUUCAAAAUUAAGUAGUCUUGUGAUCCCAAAAUUAAAAUCAACUAUUUCUAAUUGGAAUAAUAAGGAUGAUCCAAUUUAACUUCACAAAGUCUUGCUUCCUUGGAUGGACUCUUAGUUCAACAACUAAGAAUUAUCAGAUCAAUUGAUUGACAAACUGAUGGAUAUUGAUUUGAGAGAUUAACCUGAUUUUGGUAUAAGGGUUUUAUCUCCAUGGUUGAAACUUUAUGAUACUUAAUGGAAUUAGAUUCUUGAAAAAUAGGUGAUAACAAAAAUAGGGCAUUUAAUCAAAGAUUUAGAUGUCGGAUCUAAUUUUGAGUUUGUAAAAAGAAUUCUUCAUUAUUUUGAUUACAUUUAACACAAAAUUGAAGUGCUAUUUGGGCCUUUAAUUGAUAAAUUAAAUCAACAUGUGUGCUCAAGAAUAUUAAAAAGUUGUGAAUGUAAAAAUUCAGAAAUUCAUAAAGAAACUGCUUAGUAUAAUUCAUAAAUAAUUUAAAUAGAUGGUUGAGUGAUUGGGAAUUGAUCCUCUAAGAAAAGGUAUUAAACAAAGUUAAGCCACUGUCUGAAAACUUUAAUUUGAUCAAAAAGAUGCUGAUUUGA